AUGAGUCUAGAGGCGAUCAAGAUUCAAGAGAACUUAACAUCUUGUCAUUGUGCAGCGGCUAUACAAUGUUUGAAAAGGAAGAGAUUAUAUGAGCAACAAGUUGAACAGCUUGGCAACUUCCAGCUCUGUAUCCAUGAUCAAAUGAUUAUGUUGGAAGGUGCCAAAGCAACAAUAGAGACUGUAGAUGCUUUGAGGACUGGUGCUGCUACUAUGAAAGCUAUGCAGAAAGCUACAAACAUUGACGAUGUUGACAAGACGAUGGAUGAGAUCAAUGAGCAAACCGAUAACAUGAAACAGAUCCAGGACGCAUUGAAAACUACAAUCUGUGUUUUUUUAGGGAUUGUGAAGAAGCCUCUGAAUUUGAAGAAGCAGCAGGAGACGAGAUGUUUUGAUGACGACGACGACGUCUUCCUUUUUCUUUAAAGCUAUUUUCCUUUUUUCUUUCUUUAGUUUUAAUGCGAGUUAUUAUUGGGUUCACCAACCAAUAGAAAAUUGUCAUUUUAGAUCUAUUAUCUUUUAAUUAAAGAAACCAAAUAACUUGGCAAAUUAUAUUAUCUUUCAAAAUAAAAUUUAAAAAUAAAUAAAAAUAAUAUAUAAAAACGAAUUCAAAAAAAAAAUGUUGUCAACAAAACACUAAACCCUAAACUCUAAUACUAAACCCUAAACUCAAAUCCUAAACCCUAAACCCUUGGGUAAAUCCUAAACCUUUGGAAAAACACUAAACAUGUUGUCAACAAAACACUAAACCCUAAACUCUAAUCCUAAACCCUAAACCCUUG